AUGUAUCAACGGGGUUACAAUCAAGGCUAUGAUCAAUACGGAUCGUAUAAUCAGUAUGAAAGCCAACAUUCUGGUUUCGAUUCAAGAUCUUUUGGGCCAUCAUAUGGUUCCGCAGUUCCUUAUGAAUCUUCACGACCAGCUGCUCCGAGAAUCGUGUUUGAUGAUUACAACAGUGAUCUUAACUUUGUUAUUGAAGCAGAUGGCGUCACAGGAUCUAGUUUACACAAAGAUGGAUUUGAAUAUAUGUGGGCUGGAGCAAGGGCGACACAUGGAGUUAGAUCUGGCAAGGUGUGAACACAUUUAAAUGCAUGUAAACAUCAUGGAUUCGACAUUUAGUAAGAUUUAUUGAUUGGAUGAGGCCGACUAGUAUGUGGAGAAUUAUGCAGAUCAAGGAGCAUGUUAUCCACCGAGGCGGAAAGCGGAGGUGGAUAACAUCCUCCGAGAUCUGCAUAAUUCUUCUCAUCAUACGAAAGCCGAAUUGAAAAUUUUUUAUUAUUAUUCACUUCUACCUUUGUUAUUCUUCACUAAUAAAAUAAAUGAUAAAUUAUAUUGUGUUAAUCAAUUACGACUGUAAAACCUGAGCGUCAAAGCAAGAAAGGGAAAACUUUUCCGCUUCUUGUAUGGAUGCUUGUGUUUGCAUUUGCAAUCGCUUGUGUUAACCAGCUCUAACCAAUCUCAGGGAUAUCAAGAACCAACCUUGGACCCCCCACCCCCCCUUCAAAAUAAAAUGAUGAUAGGACUAUCUCAAAGCUGUGGAGCUGUCUUUUCAGAUGAUCCUAUACACAGGAGGAAAGUAUGACAAGCCAAAAGCACAUCUACAAAGGAGGGUAACAACUCUGUCAACAUUAAAGUAUUGUUAUCAAUAAACAGGGAUGUAGCUAAAGAUUUAAAGCUAGUCAGGCUUUUUUAAUAGUCAUGCUGGCUAUUUUAUUCAACUGCACGAUCAAAAUUACCCCAUGUCUGUGAUUUCUAGAGCAAUUUGAGCUGGUGGUAAGCUCUUGUCCAGUCGGUGAAAUUAGCUGCCCACCGGCUCUCAGUGACGUCCCUGAACAAAUAUUGUGAAAUGUAUGGCAUUUCUCUCUCUAGCUACAUGAUUUAUUGUUCACUUUUUAACUCCUGCACCCACAGCAAGCAUCUUGAAUUAUUGAUUGAGAAUUCUGCUUAAAGUUUAUUCAUCCUUGUAUCAUUUGCAGGUUUGUUUUGAAGUAAGUGUCCUUGAAAAACUACCAGUUACCAUGCCCGAAACAGAGACAAACCCCCACGUCGUAAGAGUGGGCUGGUCAGUGGACAAGGCUAAUUUACAGGUGGGUAUGAUUGGUUAACCCUUUAAGCCUUAAGAGUGAUCAGCAUCAAAUUUCUCCUUGUAAUAUCAAUGCUUUGUAAAACAGAGUGGUCAUGAGAAUUACAGACAUGAUCACACAAGAUGAAUGUGCUUGAUAUUUUAUCUCAACUUCUCCCCACUACUUCUGUAGGAAAUGAGUAGGGGCAACAAAUGAGAAUUCAAAUUUUGAUCUUAGGGUUUAAAGGGUUAAAGGUACUUUUACUACCCUGUGCUCUUUUCAGCUCAGUUCUUUCAUAUGGGAUCGUCCACUUACUCUACUUGGAGUUAUGUGCUUUUAACACCUGGAACUCUGGAUCUGGAAGUCCAGGGUUCAAGCCUUACCUGUCGCAUUGUUUCCUUAGUUAAGAAACUUCAUUCCCCUGUGUCUCUCUAAAUGGGUACCAGUGACAUACUGCAGGGGGCAGGGGGAGGGGGGAAUUAGGCAGUAACCCUUCGAUGGACUAGCAUCCCAUCCAGGGAGGAGUAGUAACACUUCUAUCCCAGUUUCCUUUGCAUGCCUAAGCUCCAGCAGUUUGCCACCUUUGACUUGGUGCUUCUUCACCUUACCUUACCCACUUUUCUUACAGGUUGGAGAGGAUAACUUGUCUUAUGGUUAUGGAGGUACUGGAAAAGUUUCUGUAAACAACAAGUUCUUUGACUACGGCGAGCCCUAUACAACAGGCGACAUCAUAUGUUGCUGUAUAGACCUUGAUUCUACGCCCAGGGCUAUACUUUUCACCAAAAAUGGCAAUUACCUUGGUGUUGCAUUUCGCCUUGGACCUGAGUCAAAUGGACAGACAUUUUUCCCCCACAUCACCGUUAAGAACAUGCGUCUCGCAAUAAACUUUGGACAGUUUCAGCCAUACUUUCCACCCCUUCAGGGAUUUAGCCUGCUCUCGCACAUGCCACCCCAAUACUUAGAAAGGGGAUCAGUGGGUCCUUUGUCAAGAGGAGAAUGUGAGAUUAUUAUGAUGGUAGGAUUACCAGGCUCUGGUAAAACAUUUUGGGCCGAGAAAUACGCCAAAGAUCACCCAGAAAAGAAAUUCCAUAUCUUGGGAACAAACACAAUAAUGGAUAAAAUGAAGGUGAUGGGAUUGAUGAGGAAACGCAACUACCAUGGCCGCUGGGAUGCACUCAUUAAACAAGCUACAUAUGUCUUAAACAAAAUAUUUAAAAUUGCCGAGAGGAAGAAUCGGAACUACAUUCUUGAUCAAACCAAUGUGUAUUUCACUGCACGGCGAAGAAAGAUGAAUAACUUUCAUGGGUUCCGUAGAAUUGCUGCUGUGAUUGUAAACACGAAUGAUGUUCUAAAGGAACGGACGGAGAAAAGAGAAAGAGAAGAAGGAAAAGUUGUGCCAGAGUCUGCUGUUCUUGAGAUGAAAGCAAACUUUGCUCUCCCUGAAGUUGGAGAUACUUUUGAUGAUGUUUGGUAUAUUGAAGAGGAUAAAGCCAGCUCAGAACGCCUUGUGGCCCAGUUCCAACGUGAAGGGAAGGAGUUCAAAGAGAAUGAGAAAAAAAGAAAACCUGAUGAAGUUUCAGCAUCAAGCGGGAAUACCGGUACAUCUUCUGACAUUAAAAGACAACGCCCCGAGAAAGCAGGCCAUACAGCACCUUCAUAUCACAGUCAUCAAGGUCAGCAUUCUGGCCAAAGUGACCGUACUGGUUUCCAUGGUAACUAUCAAUCAAGAGAUCAAAGAGGAGCAUCACAUGACAAGCCCUUUUAUGGAAAUCCACCAGAUGCCCGUGCAGCCCCCAUUAGACCAAGAAAUGAUCAUGGUCCUUUUCAGCCUCCGUCAGGGCAAACCAGAGAACCACAUAGGGUAUAUAAUCAAGGACCUCAGCCCAGAUACAAUGACUAUAGUUACGGGGCCUCUUAUGGACCACAAGAAAACUAUGAUCGAAGUCAGCCCUCUAGUGAUAACAGAUAUCAGUCUCAUUACCAGCCACCUAUGACUGGUGAUAAUUACCAGUAUUACCAAGCAUCAGGUGGUCACAGAUAUCAAUCAAAUUAUCAACUGACUGAAAACAGGUAUGGUCCACCUCCGUCCUCACAGUAUAACCAUAACCAGUACGCUGCACAGUCAUACCAACAAGGACAGGACUAUUACUCAGGGGGAGUAGGAAGAGGUCCGGUACCCCCUGGUGGUCAGUAUGGAUAUGGUGGAGGAUAUUAG